AUGGAAACCCCAUUGCAGCUGCAGAACGACUUGUUUCCAGCAGAGCGCCACUUCCAGCAGCACUGUAAGUACCAGCAGCACUACGGCAAGCCGCACGAGCACUGCACCUGCAUUAGCUGCACCUGUGACGCCAGGAAAAGCCUCGUUUGUCGCGGGACAUCGCCGACCACUGUUGGAACUUUACUGAGGACGCCUUCAGAGACGUCCUCGAGACAAGGCGGCCAGUACAGCGCGUGUGAGUUCACCCCUUCCAGUCAUGGUAGUUCAUUCAGACACCACCAUCCCCAGCACCAGCACCUCCUCCAGCAGCAGCAGCAGCAGCAGCAGCAGCGGGGCAGCCUGGGCAGUAGCCACAAAGACACCAACUCCUACAAUGACAUCGCUAUGAGCAGCUGCAGAUAUAACGGCGGCGUGAUGCGGCCGCUGAGCAACUUGAGCUCGUCCCGUAGAAACAUACACGAGUUUGAUUCUGAGUCGCAGCCGCUGCAGCCCAUCUCAGCUGCAGAUGCGUCGGACACUCUGGGAUCCAAGCCGGAGAACAAUUCGAGCACUCUGAUGCCAUACGGAGCGGGGGACGGAGGGGGAGGCUGCGGCCACAGCAGCGGCAAAUCGGGCAAAAAGAAGAACCAAAACAUUGGGGAAAAGCUUGGACACAGAAGGGCCUUGUUUGAAAAAAGAAAACGACUCAGCGAUUAUGCUUUAAUUUUUGGAAUGUUUGGGAUCGUAGUUAUGGUAAUAGAGACUGAACUCUCGUGGGGAGCCUAUGGAAAGGAGUCCCUGUAUUCAUUAGCCCUAAAAUGCCUGAUAAGCCUUUCUACAAUCAUUCUCCUGGGGCUGAUUAUCAUAUACCACGCCAGGGAGAUACAGUUAUUCAUGGUGGACAAUGCAGCAGAUGACUGGAGGAUAGCCAUGACCUAUGAGCGCAUCUUCUUCAUCUGCUUGGAGAUCCUGGUGUGCGCCAUCCACCCCAUCCCAGGGAACUACACCUUCACUUGGACUGCACGCCUGGCAUACUCCUAUGUGCCAUCCAAGACUGACGCAGAUGUGGACAUUAUCUUAUCCAUCCCCAUGUUCCUCCGCCUGUACCUCAUCGCCCGUGUUAUGUUGUUGCACAGUAAGCUCUUCACGGACGCCUCUUCACGAAGCAUCGGUGCCCUCAACAAGAUCAACUUUAACACACGCUUUGUGAUGAAAACUCUCAUGACCAUUUGCCCCGGGACGGUGCUGCUAGUCUUCACCAUCUCGCUGUGGAUCAUUGCCGCAUGGACGGUCCGAGCCUGCGAGAGGUAUCAUGACAACCAGGACAUAACCAGCAACUUUCUAGGAGCCAUGUGGUUGAUCUCAAUCACAUUUCUUACUAUUGGAUAUGGAGACAUGGUCCCAAACACUUACUGUGGGAAAGGAGUCUGCCUUAUAACAGGCAUUAUGGGGGCUGGCUGCACUGCUCUUGUGGUGGCUGUUGUGGCAAAAAAACUGGAACUAACCAAAGCUGAAAAACAUGUCCACAAUUUUAUGAUGGACACCCAGCUAACAAAAAGAGUGAAAAACACAGCUGCGAAUGUUCUCAGGGAGACGUGGCUCAUCUACAAAAACACCAAACUAGUGAGAAAGAUGGACCAUGCCAAAGUCAGGAAGCACCAGAGGAAGUUUCUCCAAGCCAUUCACCAAUUGAGAAGUGUUAAAAUGGAGCAACGCAAGCUGAAUGACCAGGCAAACUCACUAGUGGAUCUUGCAAAGACUCAGAACAUCAUGUAUGACAUGAUUUCGGACUUGAAUGAGCGAGGAGAGGACAUGGACAAGAGGAUUGGAUUGUUGGAGACUAAGCUGGAGACUCUUCUGAGUAACCUGCAGGCCCUACCUACACUCAUCAGCCAGGUGAUCAGCCAGCAGCACAGAGACUUUCUGGAGGUGCAGAUGCAGCCGUACGACAAACACAGCCCUGAGCGCUCACAGUCUGUGUCUCGGCGGCGCUCCUCCUCCACAGCACCACCCACAUCCUCCGAGAGCAGCUAG